CUUUGAUUUAGGAAUUUAGGGUUUUGGGUUUCGGUGUGUCUUCCUUCAUGUUCUUCAGAGAUAGGAAAAUCAUGGCAACUGCAACCAUGGCUACUGCAGCAGGUGCAGCUGCUCUUUUGUACUACACAUUGAAUCGGAAAUUAGGGUCUCACAGAACGAUCAAUGAUGAAGAUGGUGAAGAAAAUGACAGUGAUGCGCCCACUGAUAUGCCGUUAGGUAUUGACCGUGUUUCUAAUAGGUUAAUCCAAGCCCCUGCUACAUGGUUGGAGACAAUUUCAACAUUGUCAGAGACUCUCCGGUUCACAUAUUCGGAGACACUUGGGAAAUGGCCCAUUGGUGAUUUGGCUUUUGGUAUCAGCUUUCUUCUGAAGAGGCAGGGAAACUAUCGUGUUGACACUGUGUUUGGUGGUAAGGACAGUGUCCAGCUGAAAGGAUCUGAGAUUACUACUGAACUCAAGUAUCUCUUAAACUUGUUGACGCUGUGUUGGCAUUUUUCGAAGAAGCCUUUUACCUUGUUUCUAGAAGAAACUGGGUACACUGAAGAAAAUGUUCUCCUUCAGGAACCCAAAGCAGGAAUUUUGAAACCAGCUUUUACUAUAAUAGCUGAUCACAAGAUGAAGUGCUUUUUGUUAUUGAUUCGUGGCACACAUAGUAUCAAGGAUACUCUAACAGCUGUUACAGGAAAUGUGGUACCAUUUCAUCACACCGUAGUUGAUCAGGGGGGUGUUAGUGAUUUGGUUUUGGGUUAUGCACAUUGUGGAAUGGUUGCUGCCGCUCGAUGGAUUGCUAAGCUCGCAACUCCUUGUCUCCUUGAAGCACAUGGCCAUUACCCUGACUAUAAAGUUAAGAUUGUAGGGCACUCCUUGGGUGGAGGGACAGCAGCUAUUCUGACAUAUGUUUUAAGAGAGCAAAAGGAACUGUCUGUGACUACAUGUGUUACAUUUGCUCCAGCUGCUUGUAUGACAUGGGAGUUGGCAGAGUCAGGCAAUAGUUUUAUUACUUCUGUUAUAAAUGAAGCUGAUUUGGUGCCUACAUUCUCAGCUGCUUCUGUAGAUGACUUGCGUUCCGAGGUGACAGCAUCAGCAUGGAUAAAUGACUUGAGGAAUCAAAUUGAACAAACAAGAAUACUCAGUACUGUCUAUCGAUCUGCUUCUGCAUUGGGUUCUCGCCUCCCAUCCAUUGCCACUGCUAGAGCAAAAGUUGCUGGGGCUGGGGCAAUUUUGCAGCCAGUUUCUAAUGGUACCCAGGUUGUGAUGAAGAGGGCCAAGAGUAUGGCUCAGGCAGCAUGGAGUCGUCCAAACCUUAAUCUGUCCUCUUGGUCAUGCAUGGGACCCCGUCGCCGAACCAUGAAUGCUCAUUCGAACUCCAAAGAUGAAGGAAGCUCCCCCAAAUCUCCAGCCUCUGCCGAUGUAGAAAGUUCUGAUCCACUUCUUUGUUCUCCCAAGAAAGGGAUUAAUGCAAAGAACAUGAACCUUCCUGUAUCUUCAUCUGUGGAAGAGUGGUCUUCUGAAAUUGAAUGUGCCAAUGAAAGUAGUCCAGAUGCUGAGAUGGAUGUUGAUCUCAAUGACAGUGAGAACAUGAUGAACCAUGACAGAUACGAGGAUCAGAUGAGUGAAGUGGAGUUGUGGCAACAACUGGAGCAUGAGCUGUAUGACAGAUCUGAAGGUGAGGAGGAUGAUGUGGUAAAGGAGAUAAGGGAAGAAGAAGCGGCCAUAGGAGAGGUAGUAGGGCAAACCCAGAGCUCUGCACCAGAAAUGAGAGAAGUUCACAGAUUUUUCCCUCCGGGAAAGAUAAUGCACAUUGUUACACUCCACUCUGAUGCUGCUGAGAGUGAAAAUGAUAGUAGCCCAACCUCUACUACGAGUUCGGAAAAUAGUCGGUCAGAUGAGACCAAGAUUGGGAUUUUCCUAACUUCAAGAUCUCUAUAUAGUAAACUUAGACUUUCACAGACCAUGAUCAGUGAUCACUUCAUGCCAAUUUAUAGAAAGCAGAUUGAAAGGCUAAUUAAAGAACUUGAGGAAGAAUCUACCGAGGAUCAUAGAACACAAGAAGUAGUGUUAUAAGCAAAGGCAUCGUCAAAAUUAGAUUGAUAUUUUGUAUCAUACGGAAUGUCAUGGGGUGUUUUUUGUCCCAUUGAUCUCAGAACGAAGUACCAUAGGAACAGCAGUUUUUGUGUCAUGCUGCAGUGAGGAACCGGAACAGCGGUGAUGACAGCCUCCUAAUAUGCUGAUGGUUAUCCUGCCAGACCAAACGGAAGCAACUCAUCAAUGGAUGCUUUUAACAUUCAUGUUGGCCGGGGAAAAGUAAUUGUAAAUGGUUUCCCAAAUCCAAGUUGCCUGUAAAUAAUAAUAAUAAUAAUGCUGUGGUGAACUGACUGGUAAAAGUAAAUAAAAUUUUAAAA